GUCCACUCCUGCCUGUCAAAAAAAAAAAAAAAAAGAGGCUAUCAGCAAAAACCAAGACUCGUUCAAGGUGGUGAAGACCGUGCGUACGUUUCGGGAGUCUUAUUUCAAGUUUUAAUUCUUCUGCCAACACACUCAUGGUAAUCCCAGGCUAGUUGCUCUCGUUUCUGAAUCGACGUGUCACCCACUGCGCCUCCCUCGUCUGGGCACUUCAUCACUCACUCACUGAAGUUGCUGUUCAGAGUGUCCGCUGUGUCCUGUUCUCUCCUGCUCUAAAGUCACUGAGGAGACAGUACUGACGACGAAGCUGCAAACCCUUUCAAGAAGCAAACGUGUCUAUACACGACCAUGUUUUCAAGGCAUUUCCGAUGGAUCUGACUGCCUGUCAAAAAAAAAAUUAAAAAAUAACUGAGAUAUUGGGGGUCUUGGUAUUAGAAGAUGAGCAAACUUCGUAGUUAUGAAUCUGCCUUGUCCAGCGUGCUCUACACGCCACGUUGAUGACCCUCCUCUCCCUGAGAGAAGAGCCAGCCUGAGCCGUGGAGUGGAGCAGAAAACCAGAUUAGAGGAUUACACAACGCAGAACCGGUCAAGUCGGUUUUUCCCAUCGAGAGACAGAAGCUACAGUGACCUCCCUGGAGCUCUCAAGGUCAUGUCUGGGUGCCUGGGCACGAAAAAAGCUAAAAAAAAAUAAAAUAGAAUAAAAAAUCCAGGUUCUGGAACAUUCUAGGACGUUCUAGAAUGUUCCGGGAUCCCUAGAAUUUUUCCGAGGUGUUCUAGAAUGUACCAGAACAUCACCAAGUGAGUCUGGGGGGAUUCUGGGAUACGGGUCUGAGUAGAAGUUUCCCGGCUGGGUGUGACGGGUGUCCUGGUGCCGGCCUGUCCCUGCGGACAUUGACGUGACAUCCCGUGCCCACCGGGGCUGCGGAAACUUCCAGCACAUCGGCAGAGGGUCUCAGACCUCCGAGGACGCUCGCUGGGUUCUCUGGAACAUACUGGAACAUUCUACAACAUUCCAAGACCCCAAAGACACUCUCCAAGCGGUCCAGGGCAUCCUACGAACAUUCUACAAAUUCUACGUCAUCCACCAGUAUUCCGGAACACUCCAAGACCAGGUGCUCUAGAAUACUCUAAGGCCCCGAGGACGUGCACCGGGCUCUCUGGACGUGUUCUAGAACGUUCCGGAACAUUCCACAGAAUUCCUCGCGAUUCCAAGGACAUUCCCUGGGCAUUCUAGAACAUUCUGGAAUCCUGGAAACACGCACCAGGGGUUCUGGAAAAUUCCAAGGCCCAAGAACGCACGACAGACUCUCCCAGAAUUCCCUGGGAGCACUGACCGUUCCGGAACGUCCCUGGUAUCCACCAGGAUGUUUGCACAACCUUCGGCCCCGCCAACUCCUCCCCCAGCCCUGGCAAUAAAUAGACGCCGGGUCCCCGCCGGCUCAGACGACGACGAAGACGAUGGUGAUGAAGAUGACGGUGACGAAGGCUCUCCUCCUCGCCCUCACGGUGGGCGUGGCCUGUGCGGACGUCGACCCCGCCCAGCUCUCCGGGCCCUGGCGCACCUCCGCCAUGGCCUCCAACAACCUGGAAAUGAUCCUGAAGGAUGGGCCACUCCGGAUGCUGUUCCGCGAGAUGGAGUGCAACGAGGACUGCAACGCCCUGAACGUCUUCUUCUACGUCAAGAAGAACGAGGUAUGCACCCCGCACACGGUUGUGGCCCAGAAGAACGCAGACGGCAUCUACACCACUGACUUCGAGGGCCAGACCUCCUUCCAGUUCCAGGAAUUGGAUCCCACUAGCCUCAUCGUCUUCAUCAAUAACAUGGCAUCCGGCGGCACCACCAGCCGCCUCAGCUUCCUCACUGCCAAAUUGAAUUUCAUAAACGAUGACGCGCUGGACGACUACGCGAGGCUCACGGAGCAGAAUGGGAUCCCGCGGAAGUACAUCCGGCGUGUGGCCGACACAGACACCUGUCCACCCUGAGGACGCCUCCCUUGGAGAAGGUGCCAGAACGUUCUAGACCAUUCCAGAACCGCCCCUGAUCGCCUCACCAUCUCCUCCCACCUGCGAAUGCGCUAGCAUGCUCCGGACAUUCUAGAACGUUCUGGAUUGAUCCAAGAUGGUCUGGAUCGUCCCAGAAUUUCUAGAAAGCUCCGGAACAUUCUAGAAUCGGCCGUCCCCGGCUUUCUCUGCUUCCUGUUCAUGGAAUAAACUCAUCCUAGGCACAGUCCCAGUCAUUUAUUUUAAACGAUUUUUAUUGUUCCGUCAAAAGACAGAGCGAGCUGGUGGAGGAACCCAGGGGCUACCUCCGGGUCUCCCUGCACUGUCAGUCACCGUUCACUGACAAGGGGGUGGGCUCUGUCAUCUGGUGGCUGUCAAUCAGCCCUGAGUGACACUGGGGGGGUUCUCCCCGACUCCACUGGCAGCCAGUCACAC